AUGGCUACAUCCUCAACCACAGGGACAGAGUGUUCAGAGUGGCUCGUCCGCGUCCCUGACUUUCCGGGUGUCGCGGAGCGGAGAGCAGCCGUGUUCCCCCAACACAUUGAGAAGUUGAAAACAGAUCCCGCCCAGUUUUGGGUGUUUGGAGGAGCCACUCUGGCGGAGCCCGUGGACCCCGGCCGGCCCCCGCACAUCACCGGCAGCGCCAUGUUGAUCUUUGCACCCACACGAGAAGACGUCCUAGAUCGGCUUAAGAACGACCCGUUGACUAAGGAGGGCGUUUGGGAUAUCAAAAAUGUUCAGAUUUACCCUUUCUUUCGCCCCAAGAGAGUUCCUGUAUGA